CUGUGCCUCCUGAAUUGAAGGAGAUGAAAAGCCAAGAAUCUGCUGUGGGUCAGACAUUAGUUCUCAGAUGUGAAGCCAGUUCUGAGCACCUCUCUCUCAAAUUCAAAUGGUUAAAGAAUGGAAAAGAAAUAACAAAAAGAAACAGACCAGAAAAUAUCAAGAUUAAGAGCCCCAAAAAACAAAAGACAUUCUCAGAACUCCGCAUUACUAAAGCUUCAUUGGCUGAUGCUGGGGAAUAUACAUGUAAAGCGAGCAACAGAUUUGGGGAUGAUAUUACUAAAGCUCGGGUAACCGUUACAGAUGCCAGUGAACCCACGGGCAUGGUACCAGUUUUGACAAAAGGAGUAAAUGCAUCCUCACAACUCAUAGACAAGAUUUCUGCCUCUACUGAAGGAACGAAUACAUCUUCUAGUAAGAAAACUAAAGCUCAGAGUAAGCCGAAGUUAACAAAAGAGAGCAAAACAGUUUCUUCAGAUGUGUUCAAAAGAAAAGGGAAAGAAAAGAAACAUACCAGCUACUUAGUGAAGGUGGCAAAUGAUAACAAGAAAGAAACAGUAGAACUACUCAACUCUUAUUUGGCCCAACUUUCAGGAUAUGUAUAUUCCACAUAA